AUGGACGUGUACGGCUUCAACCUAAGCUCUGAGCAGUACACCGUGGGCGUGGUUACCCUCUCGGACCAACAAGGAGUCGGCAAGGGUACGAGCCGCAACUUUGUCCAGAUCGGCUGGGAGGUUUCGCCAAAGACGUACGGCGAUUCACACACCCAUUUAGGUGGUCUGUGGACGACUGAUGGAUACCAAAAAACUGGCUGCCCCAAUGCCGGCUGUGGUUUCCAGCCAGAAAAUGGUGCUCCCAUAGCUCUUGGAGGUGUAAUUGGGACGUUUUCCCAGCUCAAUGGACUCAAACAGACCAUCACGAUUAAAAUUAUUAAGGACGGCAUAAUGGGAGACUGGCUGGUAUAUUAUGGGCUCAACCAGAACGAUCCUGCAUUGAUUGGACGCUACCCCAGAGCAUUAUUCACCGGAGGGAUGGCAGAUCGAGCAUCAACUAUCCAGCUUGGUGGCUACGUGAAGACUCGCACAACGAACCUUGCUCCGAUGGGCAGUGGCUUCCUUCCCACGGGUGAUGCAACGGCGUCUGCCUCUAUUAGUAAUAUCCAGUUUAUCGACCAAAAUGGGCGCGCCUCGCUGGUGAGUGCUGGUGCAUGCACGUCCAACACAAGGCAGGGUGAAUGCAGAAUACAGUAA